AUGUUAUGGAUUAUUACAUUAAUACAUAUCACAUAUGGAAUACCAUGUGCAUAUACUCUUGAUGAUAAUAAGAAACCAAUACCAACAGAUAAAGAACCCUGGAUUAAUUAAAAAAUGAGUGCAUGUAGUUUCUAUUAGAAUACUCCUGUUUGUUGUACAGAAUCAUAAGAUGACGGUGUUGGAAAUGAUUUUAUUUCUCUUGAUGCCACUUUUGGAAGUGAUGGGGAUGGAUGUGAUAUGUAAUAAACAUAUCAAUUAUUAAUAGUUGUGCUGCAAACAUGAAGAGAUUUUGGUGUGUUUAUUCAUGUGAUCCAAGAUAAGGAGAAUUUCUGAAAAUCACUGGUAGAGCCAAUGUAACUGAUCCGAGAAAUCCCAACAGAACUAUUGAUGUGUAAACUGUAACCUUACGUAUACAUCCAUAAGUAGCAUGUGUAUAUUAUACUUAUUAUUAUUAUUAUUAGGAUGUAUACUCAUCUUGUAAAAGAACAAACUUUGCUUCCUAAGUCAGUGCCAUGUAAACCCCUGGUGGAUUCUUUACUUUUUAAGCUGAAUAAGGAGUGUAUAUAUCAUAUUACUUUCUUUAGAUCAUCAUCUCUUCAAUUAAUUGCCAUUGAAUUUUCAGAGUCAAACUCUUUGAUUAUGCCUGAUAUGGAUAAUUGCAAUCAAACUUUUUAAUAAGCAGCUGAUGGCAAAACCUAUGAUCCUUACAAUUUCGAAAUCAAAAAGCCUUGCGGUUGUAAUACUUGUGAAGAUUCAUGCGAUUCUGAAAAAAACUUAUAUCAACAACCAGGUUUUAUCAUAUUUAUAUUUACAAGGAGUCUUUUAUGGAUUUGAAUGGCAAUAUGUAUUGUUUGCAUGGGGUUGGGCAAUACUAUUUGCCAUUGGUUUCACUGUCUAUAGAUAAUGUAUUAAAAAAAAUAAUACUAUCUAACAAGAAGAAGAAGAAUAUAUUUAUAAUUGA